AUGGCUGAACUCAGAGCUGAAGACCAAGCCUCCUUCCACAACUUCCUCCGCAUGCCACCAGAGAUGUUUAAUGAACUGAGACAGAGAGUUGGACCCAGGAUCACCAAGAAGGACACUCGCUUUAGACCGGCCCUCGACCCUGGUAUGAAGUUGGCCCUGACUUUGCGACACCUUGCCUCUUGUGACAGCUAUGCCUCGCAGAAGUUUGGCUGGAGAGUACCUCACAACACACAGUCACUGGUGGUCAGAGAGGUUUGCCAUGCCAUACUGGACGAGUACCUGGAUGAGAUGCUGACCUGCCCCAUUACGCCAGAAGAUGGUUCCUUGUACUACAACUACAAGGGGUUCUAUUCCAUCGUGUUGCUGGUCCUUGUAGAUGCUUACUACAAGUUCCUGUGGGCAGGUCUUGGAGGCAUGGGAUCAGCAUCCGAUUCCCAGAUCUACAACUCCAGUGAGCUGAAGAAGAUCUGCUUGGGUUUCCACAGCAUACACCUCUCCCACAAGACACUAGAGAUGUUCCAUACCUCUUCAUUGGAGAUGACGCCUUUGCCCUGA